GGGAUAACUACGGAAGCACCAUUUCCUCUUCUCCAACUAAUCACAUCCGACUUCGAUUACACAUACGAUUCUUAUCGAAAGCUUCAUUGCCGUCGUGCUAUCAUAUCAUCGUCUUAUCUCAAUCCAUCCCACUAUCGUCGCACACCUCGAUAGCCGAGAUAGUAUCCUUUAGGUAAUCCAUUCACAACAGGACCUCCGUAAUCGGCUCGGAUUUCGAACCCCCGAAAUUGUGAUUGAUAUAGCGUUGGAGAGCACGUUUGUACUGCGUGGAUUGAUCAUCGGUAUAUCAUUCGCCAUCUUGAUAUUAUUUUUUGAUUGAUAGAAACGGAGAAUCGUAGACUUGCAAGUAUGGCGCCGUCAGCGACUGAAUCACAUGUUUCUAUUCAGAAGAAGGUAGGGGAGGGAGCUUCAGUGGCAAAGGAUGAGAAAGUUGAACAUGUUCAUGGUGGAGAGGAUUUAACUCCGCUGGAGGCGAUUAGUCAUGGUGGUGUGGUUAUGUCUGGUAUUCCAAUCUUUCCCAAUCAUGCUGCCCACCGUCGUCACAUCCUCAUCCACAUGGCGGCCGUCUUUCGAGACUUCUCUCGUCGCGGUUUCACCGAAGGAAUGGCAGGACAUAUCUCCGUCCGAGACCCAGAGUUUGAGAACUACAUUUGGAUGAACCCUCUCGGUCGACAUUUCGGUCUGAUGACUGCUGGUGAUAUGAUGUGUUUAGAUCUAGAGAGUGGAAAAGUUGUAGGAGGAAACAGGUCUCGUCCUGCAAAUGCCGCGGGGUUUUUGAUCCAUUCUGCAAUCCAUAAAGCACGUCCUGACGUCCACGCUAUUUGUCAUGCACACACAAAUGCUGGUCGAGCAUGGUCUGUCUUUGGUAGACCCCUAGAUAUGCUCAAUCAAGACAUCUGCAAUCUCCACAACAGCAUCGCUGUCUACGCCUCCUACGGCGGUAUCGUCUUUGCCUCUGAAGAAGGCGCCAACAUUGCGCGAGCCCUCGGUCCCCACAACAAAGUAGCCAUCCUCCUCAACCACGGCCUAUUAAGCACGGGAUCUACGGUCGACGAAGCAGGAUUCCUCUUCGCGCUCUUAGAUCGCGGGUGCGAGAUCCAAUUGAAAGUCGAGGCGGCGGUCGGAGGAACCCGUGAUGCGGAGGGAAAGCUCAAGAAAGGAGUACAUGUAAUUGAAGAUGAGGAGGCGGCGUACAAUUUCAAGAUGGCGAGUGAGAAGAAUGCGUUGUAUGCGGAGAUUCAACCGGAUCUGGAGUUUGAGAUGGAGAUGGCGGGGCCGGGGGUGGUGGAGAGGGGCGUCGAGAUGCAGACUGUGGAUCACGGGUUGUGAGAGAGAAGAACUGGGAAGCGAGAUAUGGAUGUUUGGACUUUGGAGGUGGAAAUUUGUCCGGAUGGUUUUAGCUACGUAGAUGUUUAAAAUUGUCUACUCACAUAUCUCAGCCA